UUUUUUUCUUAACAAGAUACAGAUGGUCUCUAAUAUCUGGGUGGCAGCCGCUGACAACCAGGUGGCCAUUGUCGACGACUUCUUGAAGUCAGGUCAAUAUACUCCUAAUGCGAAGGACCCAAAUGGGUACACUCCCAUCCAUGCUGCUGCUUCCUAUGGCCAUAUUGGGCUUUUGCGACUCUUAAUCAGCAAAGGAGGUGAUAUAAAUAUCCAGGAUAACGAAGGCGACACGCCCUUGCACCACUGUGAAGAUGUACGUACCGCCAAAGUAUUGGUCAAAGACCUUGACUGUGACUGGACUAUCAAAAACGAGGAUGGCCUCACCGCCUUGGAGUAUAGAAUAGAGGAUGAAGAGUUCCCAGAGCUCAUCGAGUAUUUAAAGACGGUUAAAUAUGAAGCUGAGGGCCCAGAUGCUGUUCAAACAGCAACACCUAGCGAAGAGGCUGCCUCUGGUUCAUCAGAUAUACAUCUGUCGCUUCCUGAAGCAGUGGACGGACAGAAUAUCAGGUUUUCUUUGGAGUCUGAAGUAGAAGGAGAAAUUAGUGAAGACAGGAGAAAGCAAAUCGAGGCAAUUAUCAACGGUGAGAAUCCCGAGGAAGCAUUGAGACAGCUAGUGACCAAUGCUGUUCAUGAGGGUAUGGCACAGUACAGAGAGGUACAACCAGGAGGUGAAAACGAGGUACUGAAAAAGAGAAAAGAGUAGUCUGGUAUGGCACCCACUUUCAUAUGUACAUAGAUACUGGUCACAUCAAUCCAUCGACCGUCAUCAAAUUUAAUUCCUAUAGUUAUUCCGUAC